AUGCCGUGGCAAUGAGAGGCACGGACCAGAGAUUCUCCUUGUUAUAAGUGUCUGAUGGGGUCUGUUAUAUUUUGAUACAGAAACUGAGAGAAGCCAAGAGUAAAUCACAUCACAACUUCAUCAUCGUGUGGGAUCUAUUUUAUUAAGAAGAAAACACAACACAGAUAGAAACUACACUUGGAGUGAGGAACCCGCUUUACAGAUUUGCAGACACAUGUUUUUCACACGUCACUCAAACACAGAACCAGCAAACAGGAAACUCUUCAGUUCAGAGAAACUGAAACUGAAGUGUAGUUGAGCUGUUGUGUGUUUGUGUCUCUGUAUUCAAGCAGUAAAAAUGACAGAAGCCAGAAUUUCUCAGGAUGAGUUCCAGUGUUUAGUGUGUCUGGAUCUCCUGAAGGAUCCAGUGACCACUUCCUGUGGACACAGUUUCUGUAAGAUCUGUAUUACAAGCUUCUGGGAUCAGAAUAAUCAUAUGAGAGUCUACAGCUGCCCUCAGUGCAGACAGACCUUCAGUCCAAGACCUGCUUUAGCUAAAAACAUCAUGCUGGCUAAAGUGGUGGAGAAACUGAAGAUGACUAAACCUCCUGAUGACUGUAAUGCUGGAGCUGGAGAUGUUCAGUGUGACGUCUGUGAUGGAAGAAAACGCAAAGCUGUCAACUCCUGUCUGGUGUGUCUGAACUCUUACUGUCAGAGUCACCUUGAACAACAUGAGAGUUUCUUUAAAAGAAAGAGACACAAUCUGACUGAAGCCACUGGACGACUGCAGGAGAUGAUCUGCCAAACACAUGAUAAACUCCUGGAGGUUUUCUGCCGCACUGAUCAGAAGUUUAUAUGUCUGCUGUGUAUGAUGGAUGAACAUAAAAACCAUGACACUGUAACAGCUGCAGCGCAGAGGACGGAGAAAGAGAAGCAGCUGAAGGAGACGCAGAGGUUGUUCCAGCAGAGGAUCCAGCAGAGAGAGAAAGAUCUUCAGCAGCUGAGAGAGGCUGUGGCGUCUCAUAAGCGCUCUGCACAGACAGCAGUGGAGGACAGCGAGAGGAUCUUCACUGAGCUCAUCCGCUCCAUUGAGAGAAGCCGCUCUGAGGCGACUAAGCUGAUCAGAGAUCAGGAAAAGACUGCAGUGAGUGGAGCUGAAGGACGACUGGAGCGACUGGAGCAGGAGAUCAAUGAUCUAAAGAGGAGAGAGGCUGAGCUGGAGCAGCUUUCACACACACAGGAUCACAUCCAGUUCCUGCAGAGUUUCCAGUCUCUCUCAGCUCCUCCUGAAUCUACAGACGUCAAUGACAAUCCCUUCAGUCCUCUCUCCUCUUUUGAUGGAAUUAGACAAUCUAUUUGUAAGCUGACAAACACACUGAAGUAUUUCUGCAAAGAGGACAUCAAGAAGAUCUCUAACAGAGUCACUCUCACCAACAUUGUGCCCAAGACCAGGAACGAUUUCCUACAAUAUUCCCUUCAUCUCAAUCCGGAUCAGAACACAGCACAUAAAAACCUCCGUCUGUCUGUGAAGAACAGAGUGAUUAAAUUUACUGACACUCUCACGGUCCAGCCGUAUCCUGAUCAUCCAGACAGAUUUGAUGUGUGUCCUCAGGUGUUGUGUAGAGAGAGUGUGUGGGGACGCUGUUACUGGGAGAUUGAGUGGAGUGGGUAUGUGUGUAUAUCAGUGUCAUAUAAGAGCAUCAGAAGGAAGGGAGAGGGUAAUAAGUGUGUGUUUGGAGGUAAUGAUCAGUCCUGGAGUUUGAACUGCACCCCCUCUGAUUACUCAUUCAGACACAAUAACACAGAGACUAAACUCCCUGAAAAACCCAUCAGCAGGAGAACAGCAGAGUGUGUAUGUAACAGGAGAACAGGAGAGUGUGUGUGUGACAGGAAAAUAGGAGUGUAUGUGGAUCACAGUGCAGGAAAUCUGUCCUUCUACAUUGUCUCUGACACAACGAGCCUCAUACACACAGUCCAGACCACAUUCACUCAACCACUCUAUCCUGGGUUUAGGGUAUAUUCUGGAUCAUCAGUGAAACUGUGUUGAUUGAUCAGAACAAACUCUAGAGAGAUUCAACCCAUAAUGCUUUAAGCUUUAUGAUUAAUCAAAUACUGUAAUAUCGCUAUUGAUAAUAGCGCUGAGCAAGCAGGUACGAGCGAAAAGAUGGAUAAAGCAAAAAAGCUGUCGGGGCUAAAAAUAGAAAAUGAAAGAGGAAAGAGGUAAAAGGAGAUGGCAUGUCAAUUGAUGCGCCAGCAGCUAAAUAAGUGGAUGGUAAGAAGGAUUCAAAGUGUGACUCCCACGCAUCUAGGCUAGGAGAUUCCAGCCGAUAUAUCUAAUAGGCUAUUUUUUGUAUUUGUCUUAACGGUCCAUAAAACUUGUACAUUGGCUGCCCAUUCAUUUUGUUUUGUUUUGGUGAAUUAGCAGCACUGGGUUAGUGCCGGUGCAAUGCAUUGCUCAAAAAGUCAGAGUUUUUUUUUUUUGGGUGAUAUUUUCACUAAACACGUAGAUCAGCGGCCCAUUGGUUCUUUUCUUGGUUGACACUGGGCUGGCAACUGUUGCUGCAUACCCCUCAGACACUGGGAAGUUGCACCCCUGCAGAGAAGAGAGAGGAAAUAUGAGACAUAAUGAGACUCACUGCAAACAUGUCUGGAUGAUACGAGCCAAUUCAAGACCUUCAACUAAAACUGGAUUUUAGACAUUCAAAGUUAAUAUUAAAAGACAAAGAUGCGGAAGUUAGAAGCAACAAUGAAAGAAAAACAGGAACAGCAUAUUAAAUUCAAGAGAAUCAAGACACAUAUUCAAGAGAAUGAAUCAAUCACACAGAUUGUUGAUCAAUUCACAUGUAAAUAAAGGAUCUAAUGAUUCUCAAUAGAAA